ACAUACAUACAUACAAAAAACUUUAUCACAGUUGUCUGUCUUUGGAAAACGAGACACCUUUUUUUUGGUAGGGAUUCUGUUCAGGCCUUAAAAUGCAUCACAGCAGGCCAUUGUCUUCACACAUUUGAGGCAAGCUAUUACCAGAUAAGACUUGAGGGAAUUUUUAAGUGUUCAGCCAAGCCUGUGUGGCCCACAGAAGGUCAUCCCGUUGGUCCCCCAAGAUGAUAAUAUAAUCCUGAUUAUUUACAUAGGUAGAUCACUGGCUUAUCAGUAUCCCAUUACAUUAAAGACACCAUUUAGGUUUUCUUUAAUUGUAUUUUCCACUUCCUGUUCUUGUAGUCAGGGUGGUUGUGGGAAGGAUUCCUAAUCACCUGUGUCCUUGGAGAGGCCUGAUUAUUAUGGAUUAUGUAAAUCACUCUGUGUAAAUUCACUCCCUCUCCUUAGUCAUUUGUGUGAGAAGUAUAUUAUAAAGCAAAAGUUGAAGAUUGAAGUAGAGAUUGCAGAUCCUGUAUUGGCUCCAAGUCUAAUGUUAGGAUUUCAUUAUGUCUGUUUCAAGAGCAAGUGUGAAUAAUGGCCUCUAAAAGCACACAAUGAUGCUAAUACAAACUAUUGGAUCAAAAUCUUUGGCAUUUUCUUCCCCUCAAGUGUAGCAGGCACUUCAUUCGGCUUUUCUAGUUAAUUCAAAAAUGAGAAACUGCUGUUCCAAAAUGCUUAUUUUCCAUAAUUAUGUAGAAAUGCUGCUGAAUAGUAUAGAGACUGUCAACAAUAAAAAAUAAUUUAUAUUGGCUUAUAUUGAAAGCAAUAAACUUCCUUCCAAAGCUAGCAUCUUAUGAGGCUGAGGAAAAUUCUAAUGCAUUAAAGAUUUUAAAAAUUAUGUUCUUGUAAUUGCAGAUUUUUAAAUCAACAGCAGUGAAAAUGAAAAGGACAAUUGUGAUUUUUGUCUCAAGCAUUAAGAGCAUUUUCUAAACUAAGUGUUACAAUUUAAAUACCUUGAUAUGAACAUUGCAAAACUCUUGCUUUGCUUGUGCAAUUGAUUAAUUUGACUAUUGUAUCAAAUUGUUUAGUAAAGCACAAGAAAAAAAUCCAGACUUAAUCUGAAAGUUUAAUUUCGACUGGCUGAUAUCAGUACAAGCAGAAGGCUACCUAUUGACCAUCUCUACACUAUUGAAUUCUGAUGGAGAAAGACAGGGAUAACAAACACAGAGCUAACUCUAUACAUUUAUUCAUCAGUCGUCUUAAUAAACACAAUCUACUUUUCAUUAGUAUUAAUGAUAAAGAAUAAAAUAGAACAGAACAGGAGUUGGAAGGGGCCUUGUAGGGCAUCUAGUCCAACCCCUUGCCCAAGCAAGAGACCAUACCCCAUUUCUGACAGAUGGCAGUCCCAUCUUUUCUUCAAAGCUUCCAGUGAUGAAGUUCCUACAACUUCUGAAGUGACGUGAGUCCCUGUGAUCAAGUCAGGGUUGAGGAGUCAUUGGUAGAUUCCUGGAGCGAUGCCUGUACCUCAAGAAGGGGCAGGGAACAUGUGCCAGUGCCUCUUCGUUACACAUGGACAAACAAGAUACAACAAAGAGAAGAUAAUGCAAGGUCAAGGGGUGGACGAGCCUCUCUCAGACACCGGAUUCAGGCAAGCCGACGCAGCUGGGAUGUAUCUCAGUCAUAUCAGAUUUACUCAUGUCUUCACCAGUGACCUGAUUCGAGCAAAGCAGACCACAGCCUCAAUUCUUAGAAAUAGCCAGCACUGCAAAGAGAUUCCUGUAAAAUGUGACGCCCGCCUUCGAGAACGGAAAUAUGGAGUGGCGGAAGGGAGGCCUCUCAGUGAUCUUAAAGCCAUGGCCAAGGAAGCUGGGGAACCAUAUCUCUCUUUUACCCCCCCUGAAGGAGAAACCCUGGAUGAAGUAAAAGCCCGCGUCAAGGAUUUCUUUGAAUACCUUUGCAAUCUGGUUGCCCGGGAGGCACGUCUAGAAAAACGGGUUUCUCUGGGGACAGGAGCCGAUGGAGAAACGGCAGAAGGGAGUCCUGCCACUUCGUUGCCAAACCACCGCGGUGAACCGGAAAGCGAUUCUAACUCUGAAGGAGCUGCAGGAGGCGGGCUGGCAGCCAACAUCCUGGUUGUGAGUCAUGGGGCCUACAUGAGAAACUGGAUUGGCUACUUCAUGUCAGACCUGCAGUGUAGUUUGCCAGCCACGUUGACAAAGGCCGAGUUGUCCUCGGUGACUCCCAAUACCGGGAUUUGCCGCUUCAUUGUCAAACUGGAAAUGAAGGAGAGCCUCCUUCCCCCUAGAAUCCUCUGCCUUUCUCUCAAUAGAAGCGACCACUUACGUGACAUGAGUGACAGCUAAGAGCAGGUAGCUGUGCGACGUUUAACCCAGGAAGGAAAUUAUUUACGCCCCCGCGUGGAAUCGCCAUAUUAUCUUCUCAAUUAUGUUUGGAAAACGUUAGCUUACCAGAAAAAAAUUUCUGCUAAGGGAUGCGAACCUCCAUUUUGCAUCCGACUUUCUUUACGAGUUUGCCCUUGUUGAAAGUGUCGGGGGAGAGACAAGAAAACAGCAUUGCCUGGUGGGAAAGGUGAUCUUCCAGGAGAAGCUUCUAGAACUGAUCGCUGUUCUAAAUGCUCUCCCACCUGGGAGCCAUCCAGGAAAGGGCAGAAUUUGAAUAAUGCUGCCGUAUAAAUUAACCAGUGAUCUUUAGAUCAGCGUUCCGCCUCCCCCGCUCCCAACCUGUCGGGUGAGGUGGCGGCAGCAGGGGGAGGAGAGAGGAUUAUUGGGGGGGGGGCGUGUGCUGCUUUCACAAGUGUAGCUGUGCACGUAAUGUGUCCCCUCUUCCUCCCUGCCACCGUCUCUGCCAGUCCCGAAAGGUUGGGGUUUUACAAAUGCAGCUGUGCGCAGGCGCACACAUGUGCAUUCACCCAUCACUUCCACAGCCCAGUUUCAAACGUGCCAUGCACCAGGAGCUGGGAACCCCUCUUUUAGAUGAUUUAAUUAGGAUCAGACCGUGAACCCGAGUGUAAUCUAGCUUCCCUUUUUAAGAGCAUGGCCUCUACAAGGGUGGGACUGGAUCUCUGCUGGACCAAAUGCGGUGUGGGAUGAUCCCAGCAGAAAGCUUAAAUGCAGAGUAGCUAUGGCUAAGAAAGUUAAAAAAA